CCACCUGUAGGUAAAAUAGUCUUCAACCAAACUGGACCCAUCCACUUCCACUUCCGCCCCUUCUCCAAACUUCCUGAGGUACAGCUGUUGAUUUUUGUGGCCUUCCUGGCUAUGUACCUGGUCAGCAUCAGUGGCAAUGUAUCCAUUUUCCUCACCAUCUGGGUCAGUCGUAGUCUCCACACCCCCAUGUAUUUCUUCCUGGCAAACCUGGCGGCACUGGAGACCUUCUAUUCUUCCACCAUUGCUCCCCUGACCCUGGCCAGCGUCCUGGCUGCAGAGAGCACCCUCAUCUCCCUGCCUGGCUGUGGAGCCCAAAUGUUCUUCUUCAUCUUCCUGGGCAGCGCUGACUGCAUUCUGCUGGCUGUCAUGGCCUAUGACCGGUUUGUGGCCAUCUGUCACCCUUUGCAUUAUAGCCUCAUCAUGAGCUGGAGGCUGUGUGUCCGGCUGGCUCUGGGGUCUCUGUUGCUGGGGUUCAUCUUGGCCAUGCAGCUGACUGUGCUCAUCUUCCAGCUCCCCUUCUGCAGCAGCAAGGAAAUCAGCAUGUUCUACUGUGAUGUCCUCCCUGUCAUGAGACUGGCCUGUGCUGACACGCGGGUCCAUGAGGCCACUCUGUUUGUGGUCAGCGUCAUCGUCCUCACCAUCCCCUUCCUGCUCAUCACUCUGUCCUACGUCUUCAUUGUGGCUGCCAUCCUGAAGAUCCGUUCUGCAGAGGGGAGGCACAAGGCCUUCUCCACUUGCUCCUCCCACCUGACUGUGGUCCUUCUCCAGUAUGGAUGUGGAAGCCUCAUCUACUUGUGCCCCAGUUCCAGCUACUCUCCUGAGAGGGGCCAGGUAGUGUCUGUGGUCUACACAUUCAUUACCCCAUUGCUGAACCCUUUGGUCUACAGCGUGAGGAACAGAGAGCUUAAGGAUGCUUUGAAGAGAGCAAUGAUGAGGUUCUUGCUACUCUAA